AUGGCCUACAUGUACACAGGGCUAAAUGAUUGCUGCAGGAUCACGCGCGGACCCGGCACCGACUUCACCAGGGCGGAGCUGGAGGUCGCGAUCCGGGGGAUGACUGGCGACGCAUUCAGCCCGGAGUUCCUGGUCCACCCGAGCGGGGUGAAGGCCCUGUGCGAGGACCAGGCAUUGCGGGCGUCCCUCACAUCGGACGCUUCAAGCACGUCCGCCGGAGCCGCCCCGGCUGGGAGGUCCUGCCCCCAGCCAGUACCAGCAGCAGCCAGACCCAGCGGUCCGGAACCAGAGGCUGCCUCACCCCCAAGGCUUGAGCCCAUCCCGGAGGAGGAGGCCGCCGGACCUGCUGCGUCGACCGGGGCGCCAGAAGCAGCAGCAGCACCAGACGCCGAGCUGGAGCCUCCUCCAGCUGAACCAGCGGCGGCAGCACCGGAGGAGGCGGCACCGGAGGCAGCAGCGGCGCCGGAGGUGGCGGCGUCGGAGGCGGCGGAAGUCGCCAGCACCACCACUCCACCUGCGCAGGAGGGGGAGCCAGAGGUGGUGCUAGGGAGGCGUCUUCUUCCAAGUCCAGCGGAGGUCCCGCUCCCCCGCCUCUUCGCCAAGAGCCUGCAGGUUCACGAGGAGCUGGAGGCAGGCAUCCGCCGGGAGUGGGAGAGGUUGAAGGCGGAGCGCCACCGGCUCCUCGACUGGGAGCAGCGUCUGGGGGACUGCAUCAAGUCCGUCACCGCCCGCUAUGCCGAUGAGCGCGCCAAGCUCGUGCUGGAGCGCGAGCUCCUGCAAGAGCAGCUACAGCAGGCUCUCAACCGUGAGGCGGCUGCGGCCCAACGGGAGAGAGCGGCAGUGCGGCGGGAGGCGGAUGCCCUCGAGCGGGAGCUCCUGGCGGAGACGAGGGUGCAGGCGGCGGCGGAGCGGGAGAAGAUCUCCCUGGAGUUGGCCGAGCAGGCCAAGAAGGUGGUGGAGAAGACCGCGGCACAGGAGGCCACUCUUGCAGAGCUGACAGCCGCCGCGGCGAAGAGGGAAGAAGAGCUUACCGCCCGCGAAGCAGAGGAGGUGGCUCGGCUCGAGGAGCUCCAGGAGCGGGAGGCGGCCGUGGAGAAGGAGUUGGCGGCCGGGACCCGGAGGCUCCGGGAGUGCGAAGCAGCCCUCCAGGAGAGGGAGGCGAAGGUGGAGGAGUUCCAGGCGGAACGGAGCGCCAGCAUCGGCCGCAUCGUUAGGUGGGCCGGUGAGGUGAACUCCUCCCUGGAAGCUCUCAGAGCAAACCCCAUCUGGGUGGCGGAGACUCCUUCAUCACUUAGCGUCGCCCUCCAGGUGCUGGACUCCACCGCCGAGCGGCUUCAAGGCUUAGAGUCCGGCAUGCUCGACCUCCUGGAGACAGAAGGGAAAGCAGUUGCCCGAGGGAUGGCUGAGUACAUCCUCACCAGCUUCCGGAGCCACGACCCCGCCAUCCAGCUAACUCCCAUCCUGGUUGGCCCUAUCCGGGCGACAGCGGCCGCCGCAAAGGAGCGUGUGCAGGAGGCAACCGACAUGGUGGUGUCACGCAUCCGACGCCGUCCCGACACCUCCGGACCACCAGGGCAAUAG